GUUUCUCUAUGCAUGGCUUGAGCACAUCCAUCAGGCCUGCCUAAGUCUCGUUCUUCAGAUAUUUCCUGUUUCACCUCCAAAUUACUCACAGGGCUACAUAGUAGGUUGUAUGUAUCGAGGUAUAAUCAAGUUGCCAUGUACACCCAAAGGUAUGCAUCUACCUACCGAACAUGGUUUCUGCCAGGCAUUCCUCAGCAUGCUUCACGCCCAAGACUGCCGGUGCAGCUCAAGCCAAGCCAUGGGAGCUAUCAGUCGCGCGCACUAAUAUCAAUCCGCCAAGGUCGACAAGGAAAUUCACGCCGAAGAUGGACACUUGAAAGUAGAAUGACACUUUUCAUGAUCCUCCCUUGGAGUGCGUUAUUGCUUCUCGCGCUCGGCCGCGAACUCAGGGACGAAGGCAUCGUUGAUGACAUUGCCCACUGGGUUUUCUUCCACCGAAUCCCACCAAAAUUAGUUGUUCCUCCCUGUGCAAGAGACGCAGAGUUCUAUCAACCAUUGACUCGGGACAAAGAAAUUCGACUACUUGUACUCGAGCCCGGAGCUGCUGGAGACGAGGUCAAAUGCCGUCUGAUACACGUUGAACCAUCUUGGCAGACUAGAUACGAAGCCUUAUCAUACUGUUGGGGGGAUGAAUCUGUCACCCAGAACUUGAGAUGUUCAGGAACCACCAUAGCUGUGCAUGCUAGUCUUCACGAUGCUUUGUCAGACUUGCGGCAGCCUUCACGAGAACGAUUACUGUGGGUAGAUCGCUUGUGCAUCAACCAGAACGACUUUGAAGAGAUGGAAAAGCAGAUCACCCUUAUGGGCGAGAUCUACUCUCAAGCUCGUCAGGUACUGAUUUACCUCGGAAAGUCAGACUCUUCUGUCGAGCAGGCAUUGGAGUCCAUCAGUCAGCUUGAUCGGAAGUUCAAAUGCACGCAGCUCUUCGGCACCGUCUGGCAAAUGUUCGUCUUCACUAUCAUGAGUCCUGUCAACGAAGCCAAAGAUAACGUUAACUGGAAGCAAGUCAUCAACUUGUUUCAACGUCCUUGGUUUCAGCGCACGUGGAUCGUUCAAGAAACCGUCUUGGCACGCAAAGCACAGGUCAUCUGUGGCGGCCAGUCUAUUACUUGGGCCAAGCUACAACGAGUAGUCCUUGGCAUGUCUGGGUACAAAGCUUACACAGCUCUCAUACCGGAGUAUUACUUGAUUGCGGACGCAAUAUCCAAUAUCGAGCUGAUGGCCCAAACUCGGCGCAUCCAUCAUCCUCGUCUCCAAUCAACUGCUGCUCGGCUAUUGCGUCGGCUCCGUCGGCGCACACCACAUCAUGAUGAUAAGCCAACCAGUCCCACGCUUUUAGACCUGGUGUUGGACACACGUUCGUUUCAGUGCAAGAAUCCUCGCGACAAGAUCUUCGGCAUGCUAGGACUAACGCGUCAGAACACAGCCCACGAGUACAUCCAACCUAAAUACACUAUCUCUACAGAGAGCGUGUAUCGAAACUUUGUCCUCUGGGAGGUCUUUCACAACAACAGUCUCCGCGUCCUUGGACUGGCUUCUGAUAAUACCGUUCGUCAGUCCUCUUGCCCAUCGUGGGUUCCGCGCUUCGAUAAACUCGAUCCUCAGAACAGCCUUACUGCAGAAUGGAUGAGCCAAAGGUUCAAUGCCAGUGCAGGUCUCUCUUUGCACGCCGAACUAUCCGACCAAAAUACUGUACUUCACCUGAAAGGCUGUAUAGUAGACACUCUCCAUACAGUUGGGCAGAAGUCAUUCAAAACUGGACUGUCGCUACAGCAGGAGAAGCCAAAGGACCGUAUCAUGUGGUACCAAUUCCACGAAUUAAACAAGGAUAUGAUCAAGGAAGCUAUCGACAUUUGGCUUGCAGCGGCAAGACGAUCCCUCCCAGGACACAGCUCUCCUCCUGAGGCUGGCGAGUUGCUUGCCAUGUUAGAUUCAGGUACUGGAAAUCAAGAGUACGUACCAUGGGGUCACAAGCCGCGCCCACCUCCCCCAAAGUGGGAACCAUUUCUGCGAACAUUCAUGUUCGACCAGACGAUAGAUGGUACACCGGCGUCUGACAAUCACAACCUUGUCUCAGCUGCCGCAUCUAUUCUGGUGGCUCUACGAGGUCCUCUCACACCCAGAUGGUUUCGAGUAGAGUAUGUCGAUGACGCUACGGUAGGACAGGCUCGUUUGGCGUUGUUUGCACCUUCACGUCGCUUUGCAGCAACCAAAACAGGUUUGAUAGGCUUUGUGCCAACAAGGGCUAGAACAGGGGACCUGAUCUGUAUCAUUCAUGGCGCUAAAGUGCCAUUCGUAGUUCGAAAGAUAGCCAAUGGCAGAUACACACUAGUAGGAGAAUGCUAUAUGCAUGGCAUUAUGUAUGGAGAAGGCUUACGAAUAGGGCAUGUCGAAGACAGAAACAUAGAUUUUGCUUUAGAGUAGUCUUGGUUCAUUUACCCUAAGUAUUAGUCAGUAACUAUAUACUAGAACAGACCAGGAAAACAGUAUACACAGUCUACCUAUCGGCCCAGGGUCUGGUCCCCCCCGGGUCGUAAUUUGUGUUCCGAU